AUGCCGUGGCCGCCUCUCCAACAACGGCUGUUCAACCUGCUUGAACCGUCCUUUCUGCUCGUUCCCAGCGCCAUUUCCUUCAUCACCACGGCCUUUCAGUUCUAUAUCCUCCAGUUCAACCUCCCCACGGCGAGUAAUUUCAAGACAGUGCGGGACGAUGCUUUCUCAAAGUUCUGGACCAAAGUCACAGGUACGUUGGCACCUGUCGACCCGCCUCCGCCUCCCCAGGGCUCGGCAACAUUAAUUCCGCCGCUCCUAUCUCGUGCGCACGGGGUGGUGUUGGACAUCGGGCCAGGCUCGGGGACCUAUGUAUCGUUGUUCUCCGACAACCCCAACAUUAGCGCCGUUUACGGGGCAGAGCCGACGCCUGGUCUUCACAGCACCCUGCAACUUCGGAUCGACGAAGCCAAACUCACCGGCAAAUACCACAUCCUCCACUGCUCCGCCGACAAGGCCGAACUGUUGGCCGCUCUGGCCAAGGAAGGCGUCAAGCCCUCCCCCAACGGCAUGUUCGACACCAUCGCGUGCGUCCGCGUGCUAUGCUCGGUCCCUAACCUGGAGCACACUGUCGCCGAGCUGUACUCCCUCCUGCGACCGGGCGGCGAGCUGCUGAUUGUCGAGCACAUUCGAAACCCCUGGACCAAGAAUGGCAGCGUCCUGGGUCGUCUGGCACAACUGGUCUACCACCUGCUCGGCUGGCAGUUCUUCCUCGGUGGAUGCAACAUGGAUCGCGACACGCCUGCCGUGGUCAAGAAGGCCGCUCCGUGGGAGGCCGUCGACGUCAAGACGCAUUUCGAGUGGACCGCCCUGCCGUAUGCCGCGGGCACAUUCACGAAAAGGCGAUAA